CUCUCCCAGCAGAGCUGACGUGGGCUGUGGGCUCGACCUCGCACAGCUGUUGCGCAUCUGGCUGUGCCGCUGUACCACUGAUCAGCAGCUUCAUACAAGGACAAGACAGUGAUUAGCACUCGAGAAUGAACGCGUUACACGACUGGGUUCUGGCGUCCCCGGCUCCAGCCCGGCUGGUCUGGGUUCUGGCUCUGGUUCUGGCCACACUGCUGGUCUGGAGUCUGUUCUUCUGCUGCUGGGAGAAUCGCAGCUCUGUGUCUCCUCUGGAGAGAUACCUCUCAGCCAUGAAGAAGAACUCAAAGACGAAGCAUCAAAGUCAGCGGAAGAAGAAGCAGAAGGAGAGAAGUGUCACUUCAGCUUUGGUUAAUGAUGGGAUUGUUGGAAUGAUCACAUUGGCAACUCCUCCGACUCAGGAGAAACAGAUGGCAUUGAAAGCGGAGAAGAUGGAGAAGAAGCAGAAAGCACUGAAAGGCUUGAAAGAGGAGAAUAAGGAGGAGAAGCAGAAGGUUGAGAAGGAGGAAAAGCAAAAGCCAGGGAAGGAAGAGAAGCAGAAGGUGGUGAAGGAGGAGAAGCAGAAGGUGGAGAAGGAGGAGAAGCAGAAGGUGGAGAAAGAGGAGAAGCAGAAAGCAGUGAAGGAGGAGAAGCAGAAGGUGGAGAAAGAGGAGAAGCAAAAGCCAGUGAAGGAGGAGAAGCACAAAGUGGUGAAAGGGGAGAAGCAGAAAGCGGUGAAGGAGAAAAAGCAGAAAGCAGUGAAGGAGGAGAAGCAGAAGGCAGUGAAUGAAGAGAAGCAGAAGGCGGUGAAGGAGGAGAAGCAGAAGGCGGUGAAGGAGGAGAAGCAGAAGGCAGUGAAGGAGGAGAAGCAGAAGGCGGUGAAGGAGGAGAAGCAGAAGGCAGUGAAGGAGGAGAAGCAGAAGGCAGUGAAGGAGGAGAAGCAGAAGGUGGUGAAGGAGGAGAAGCAGAAGGAGGAGAAGCAGAAAGCAGUGAAGGAGGAGAAGCAGAAGGUGAUAAAUGAGGAGAAUGUAGAAAAACAGGGUGAGCAAGAAAACCCUACCACAGUAAGGAAGAGGAACAAACGUCGUCUGAAGGUCACCAUUGCACCUGAGGCCAUAACCUUUGAAUCUGCAGAGAAGGCAAUGUCUGUGACUCCUCGUCCACGUCUCAGGGAGAGGUCUGCAUCAGAGGAGAGUAGGAGCGAGCUGUGCUCCUCUGCCUUCCCUGGAGACACCCUGCCCUGGAAUCUGGCUAAGCACCAGCGUGUCAAACGUUCUAAAUCAGCAUCUGGAGAUGUUCUGGACCCUGCCGAGAGAGCGGUCAUCCGUAUCGCAGAUGAGCGUGACCGUGUACAGAAAAAGACUUUCACAAAAUGGGUGAACAAGCAUCUUAUGAAGGCUCAGAGGCACAUCACAGACCUGUACGAGGAUCUGCGAGAUGGCCACAGCCUCAUUUCCCUGCUGGAGGUGCUCUCUGGAGAAACACUGCCCAGAGAGAAGGGUCGCAUGCGUUUCCACAAGCUACAGAAUGUCCAGAUCGCCCUGGACUUCCUCAAACAUAGACAGGUCAAACUGGUGAACAUCAGGAAUGAUGAUAUAGCAGAUGGAAACCCGAAGUUGACCCUUGGGCUAAUAUGGACCAUCAUCCUUCACUUCCAGAUCUCAGACAUACAGGUGAACGGUCAGUCCGAUGACAUGACAGCCAAGGAGAAGCUGCUGCUGUGGUCUCAGCGCAUGGUGGAGGGCUCCCCCGGCCUGCGCUGUGACAACUUCACCACCAGCUGGAGAGAUGGCAAGCUCUUCAAUGCUAUCAUCAGCAAACACAGGCCUAAUUUGAUAGACAUGAGUAAGGUGUACAGACAGACGAACCUGGAGAACCUGGAGCAGGCGUUCAGCGUGGCGGAGAGAGAGCUGGGCGUCACGCGCCUGCUCGAUCCAGAAGAUGUGGAUGUGCCACAUCCUGAUGAGAAGUCUAUCAUUACAUACGUCUCCUCCCUGUACGAUGUCAUGCCAAGAGUUCCUGAUGUACAAGAUGGAGUUCAGGCCAAUGAGCUGGAACUACGCUGGCAGGAGUACUACGAGCUGGUCAACAUGCUCCUGCAGUGGAUCAGACACCAUAUCGUUGUGUUUGCGGAGAACAAGUUCCCCACCAGUUAUGAGGAAAUUGAGGUCCUUUGGCGCCAGUUUCUCAAAUUUAAGGAGAUGGAGCUGCCAGCAAAGGAGGCUGACAAAAAUCGCUCGAAAUAUAUUUACAAGGCUUUUGAGAGCGCAGUGCAGUCAGGUCAGAUUAAAGUUCCAUCCGGUUUCCACCCCAUUGAUGUGGAGAAAGAGUGGGGUCGACUCCAUGUUGCCAUACUUGAGCGGGAGCGAGUGCUCAGAAAGGAGUUUGAACGUAUGGAGCAGCUCCAGAGGGUCGUCAGUAAGGUGCAGAUGGAGUCAGGUGUGUGUGAGGAGCAGCUGAACCAGGUGGAGACACUGCUGCAGACGGAUGUGCGCUUGCUGGGAGCUGGAAAACCUGUUCAGCAUGCAGCAGAGAUCGAGACAGACCUGGAUAAGGCUGAGAACAUGAUCCACUUCCUCUUCAAUGAUGUGCAGUUGCUGAAGGAUGGGCGCCAUCUGCAGGCAGAGCAGAUGUACAGGAGGGUGUACCGUCUCCAUGAGCGUCUGGUAAACCUGCGCAGUGAGUACAACCUGCGUGUGAAGUCAGGGGUGACAGUGACUCAGGUGCCCCUCACGCAGGUAUCCAUGUCUCCAAGCCUGCAGAAGUCCCCUCAGCGUACACGGCCUGAACUGGAUGAAGUCACACUCCGUUAUAUCCAGGACCUGCUGGCCUGGGUGGAGGAGAAUCAGAGGCGCAUGGACAGUUCAGAGUGGGGCGCAGACCUGCCCUCUGUCGAGUCCCAUCUGGGAAGCCAUCGCGGACUACAUCAGUCUAUCGAGGACUUCAAAUCGAAGAUUGACCGUGCACGGGCAGAUGAGAAUCAGUUAACCCCUGCCAGUAAACAAGCGUACAGGGAUUACCUGGCCAAGCUGGACUUGCAGUACAACAAACUUCUGAAUGCCUCAAAGGCUCGGUUGCGCAAUCUGACCGGACUACACGCUUUCGUUGUAGCUGCCACUAAAGAGUUGAUGUGGCUAAACGAUAAAGAGGAGGAAGAGGUGAACUAUGACUGGAGUGACCGCAAUACAAACAUGACCGCCAAGAAGGAUAAUUACUCGGGUCUGAUGCGGGAUCUGGAGCAGAGGGAGAAAAGAGUGAACACGGUUCAAGCAACUGGAGACAAACUGCUGAAGGAAGGCCAUCCAGCUCGGAGCACUAUAGAGGCCUUCACUGCAGCUCUGCAGACUCAGUGGAGCUGGUUACUGCAACUGUGCUGCUGCAUUGAGACUCACCUCAAAGAGAACACUGCCUACUUCCAGUUCUUUGCAGAUGUGAAAGAGGCAGAAGAGAAGAUGAAGAAGAUUCAGGAGACCAUGAAGAAGAAAUACAUUUGUGACCGCUCCAUUACUGUCACACGUCUGGAGGACCUUCUGCAGGAUGCUGCGGAUGAAAAAGAGCAUCUUGCCGAGUUCAAGACUCAUCUGGAUGGCCUAAACAGGAGAGCUAAGAAUAUCAUCCAGCUCAAACCCAGAAAUCCUGCCACUCCAGUCAAAGGCAAACUGCCCAUUCAGGCUGUGUGUGAUUUCAAACAAAUGGAGAUUACAGUACACAGGGGAGAUCAGUGUGUGCUGUUGAACAAUUCCCAGCCCUUUAAGUGGAAGGUGAGGAGCUCAAGCGGAAAUGAAGCCAUGGUGCCGUCCAUCUGCUUCAUCGUCCCACCUACCAACAAGGAAGCUGUGGACAGCAGCUCUGGUCUGGAUGCAAGUCUGCAGAAGCUGAUGAUCCUCUGGCAGAAGUUGCAUGUGGACAUGAAGAGUCUGUUGUCCUGGCAGUAUCUCAUGAGAGACAUUCAGUUCAUCAAUUCAUGGAACUUCAUCAUGUUCAAGACCAUGAAGGUGGAAGAGUACCGUCUGGCUCUGAAAAACUUGGAGCAGCACUAUCAGAUCUUCAUGCGUGACAGCCAGGACUCUGAGUUCUUUGGUGCAGAUGAGCGCAUGCAGGCUGAGAGCGCUUAUAACAACGCCACACAGCACUAUGACAACCUGCUGCGAUCCAUGGAGCAAGAACCUCUCACCACUUCCAAAGACAAAGUUGCUGGAGAGCAGGAUGAGUCCGUGUGUAAGACCUACAUCACUCAAAUAAAGGACCUAAGGCUGAGACUUGAGGAAUGCGAAUCGCGCAUGGUCAGUCGCCUCAGGCAGCCGGUGGAUAAAGAGCCCCUGAAAGCCUGUGCCCAGAGGACCACUGAGCACAAGAAAACACAGACCGAGUUGGAAGGCAUAAAGAAAGACCUAGAUGCAGUGGUUAAGCAGAGUGAGGCAGCACUGGCUUCCUCUCAGCAGUCCACCUCGGCACCUGUCCUACGCUCAGAGCUCGACAUCACCCUGAAGAAGAUGGCGCAUGUUUACAGUCUUUCCUCUGUCUACCUGGACAAGCUAAAGACCAUUGACUUGGUAAUACGCAGCACACAAGGGGCUGAAGAUGUUCUCAAGAAGUAUGAGAACCAGCUUCGUGAUGUCCACAAAGUGCCUGAGAAUGAGAAGGAACUGGAGUCCAACCAAACACAGCUAAAGAAACUGUACUCAGAUGCGGAGUCUGAUAAGCCAGUGUUUGACCGUCUGGAAGCUGAGCUCCAAGACGCCAUGGCAGUAAAUGAGCGAAUGUCCCGUGUACACAGUGAGCGAGAUGCUGAGCUGGAUCACUAUGUGCAGUUGGUAGCAAGCUUAAAAGAGCGCUGGCAGGCUGUGUUUGCCCAGUUCAAGCUGCGCCAACGGGAACUGGACCUACUGGGUAGGCAGAUGCAGAACUAUAGACAGAGCUAUGACUGGCUCAUUCAGUGGAUUUCAGAUGCCAAACAAAGGCAAGAAAAAAUCCAGGCCAUGCCCAUCAGCGAUAUCAAAACUCUUAAAGAACAACUGGCCCAGGAGAAGAAACUCCUUGAGGAGAUUGAAAAGAACAAAGAAAAAGUGGAUGAAUGUCAGAAAUACGCAAAAGCCUACAUUGAUACAGUAAAGGAUCAUGAACUUCAGCUGGUAACAUAUAAAGCAUUGGUGGAGCCUCUCGCCUCACCUCUGAAAAAAAUCAAGGUGGAGUCAGCAUCCGACAACAUUAUCCAAGAGUAUGUCACUCUCAGGACACGCUACAGUGAGCUGUUGACUCUGGCGAGCCAGUAUAUUAAGUUUAUCAUCGAUACCCAACGACGCCUAGAGGAUGAAGAGAAAGCUACAGAAAAACUUAAAGAAGAAGAAAGGAAAAAGUUGGCCGAAAUGCAGGCCGAGUUAGAAAAACAGAGACAGUUAGCAGAAUCUCAUGCAAAGGCCAUUACCAAAGCAGAGCAAGAGGCUGAAGACUUGAAGCUAAAGAUGAAAGAGGAAGUCAACAAAAGACAAACCUUUGCAGUUGAUGCUGAAAAACAGAAGAAAAACAUCCAGCAGGAACUGCAAGAGCUCAGAAACCUCUCAGACCAGGAGAUUAAGGCGAAAAGCCAACAAGUAGAAGAGGUCCUGUACAGCCGAACCAAGAUUGAGGAAGAGAUCCGUAUAAUCCGUCUUCAGCUGGAGACAACUGAGAAACAGAAAUCGACAGCUGAAGCUGAACUUCAACAGCUCAGGGAUAAAGCAUCAGAGGCGGACAGACUUAGGAAGUCUGCACAGGAAGAAGCAGAAAAGCUAAGGAAACAAGUCAAUGAAGAGAUGCAGAAAAAACGGAAGGCAGAGGAAGAGCUUAAACAAAAAUCGGAUGCAGAGAAGGAAGCUGCGAAGCAGAAACAAAAGGCCAUGGAGGAUCUUGAAAAGUUCAAGCAGCAAGCAGAGGAGGCAGAGAGGCGCAUGAAGCAGGCUGAACUGGAAAAGGAGAGGCAGAUAAAAGUGGCAGAAGAGGUGGCGCAGAAGAGCGUUGCCACAGAGCUGCAGAGUAAGCGCCUUUCCUUUGCUGAAAAAGCAACAAAAUUGGAGGAGUCACUGAAACAAGAGCAAGGCACUGUUAUCCAGCUGCAAGAGGAGGCCGAGCGUUUAAAAAAGCAACAAGCUGACGCUGAUAAAGCAAGAGAAGAAGCUGAGAAGGAACUGGAAAUAUGGAGACAGAAAGCCAACGAAGCUCUCCGUCUACGGCUCCAAGCUGAGGAGGAGGCCCAUAAGAAGAGCGCUGCACAAGAGGAGGCUGAGAAACAGAAAGAGGAAGCAAAGCAAGAGGCAAAGAGGAGGACCAAAGCUGAGGAGGUUGCUCUUAAACAGAAGGAGGUUGCAGAGAAGGAGCUUGAAAAACAACGAAAAGAAGCUGAAGAAACCGCUCAACAAAAGCUCGCAGCAGAACAGGAACUUAUCCGCUUGAAAUUGGAUUUCGAUCAUGCCAAGCAGCAAAGGACUCUACUGGAUGAUGAACUGCAGCGACUGAAAAAUGAAGUGAACACAGCUGUAAAACAGAGACAACAACUAGAGGAUGAGCUUUCCAAAGUAAAAACUGAGAUGGAAGUUCUCAUACAACUUAAAGGCAAUGCUGAAAAAGAGUCCAUGUUAACCACUGAAAAGAGCAAGCAACUCCUUGAAUCGGAGGCAAGCAAAAUGAGGGAACUUGCUGAGGAGGCCACGAAACUGAGAUCAGUUGCUGAGGAAGCGAAGAAACAACGGCAGCUUGCAGAAGAAGAAGCAGCCAAACAGAGAGCAGAGGCUGAAAAGAUUCUCAAAGAGAAGCUGGCGGCCAUCGAUGAAGCAACUCGUGUCAAAACUAAGGCUGAGAUUGCUCUAAAAGAGAAGGAGGCUGAAAAUGAGCGUCUGAAAAGAAAAGCUGAGGAUGAAGCUUAUCAAAGGCAGGCCCUAGAAGACCAAGCAGCUCAACAUAAGCAAGAUAUUGAAGAAAAGAUCAACCAGUUAAAGACAUCUUCUAAUGCUGAAUUAGGGAGACAGAAGGAAAUCGUGGAUGAAAUCUUAAAGCAAAAGAAAGUGGUUGAAGAGGAGAUUUAUAUUUUGAAACUCAACUUUGAAAAGGCAUCGACGGGAAAGCAAGACCUUGAACUUGAGCUGAAGAAACUAAAGAGUAUAGCAGAUGAGACUCAGAAAAGUAAAGUCAAAGCAGAAGAGGAGGCCAAGAAAUUUAGGAAUCUUGCACUAGAGGAGGAGAAAAAGAGGAAAGAGGCAGAAGAGAAAGUCAAAAAGAUUUCAGCUGCUGAAGAAGAGGCAGCGAGACAGUGCCUGGCUGCUCAACAAGAAGCUGAGCGUCUGAAAAAGAAAGCUGAAGAGGUCAAACAGCAGAAGGAUAAUGCUGACAAGGAAGCUGAAAAACAGAUCAUUUUAGCUAAAGAGGCUGCAGAAAGGUGCACUACUGCUGAGCAGAAAGCUCAGAACGUCCUUGUCCAACAGAAAGAGGACAGCCUUGCUCAAACUAAGCUAAAGGAAGAGUACGAGAAGGCAAAGAAAUUAGCAGAGGAUGCAGCAAAGGCUAAAGAAAGUGCUGAAAAUGAGGCAGCUCUAUUUCGGCAAAAAGCAGAUGAGGCAGAGCGCCAAAAGCAAGCCGCUGAAGCAGAGGCAGCUAAACGGGCCAAAGCUCAGGAAGAUGCUGAAAAACUGAGAAAAGAAGCUGAAACAGAAGCUUCCAAACGUGCGGACUCAGAACAACAUGCAUUGAAACAGAAAGAGCAAGCUGAGGCGGAGAUGGCCAAGCAUAAACAACUUGCUGAGACAACCUUGAAGCAGAAAUCUCAGGUUGAGCAAGAGUUGGAGAAAGUAAAACUGCAACUCGAUGAGACAGACAAACAGAAAUCUCUUUUAGACGAUGAAUUGAAAAGACUUAAGGAUGAGGUCAGUGAUGCUGUCAAGCAGAAAGCACAGGUGGAAGAUGAGCUUGCUAAAAUCAAAAUUCAGAUGGAGGAAUUGCUCAAAUUGAAGGUCAAAAUCGAGGAAGAAAAUCAGCAGCUUAUGAAAAAAGAUAAGGAGAACACAAAGAAAUUGCUUGAGCAAGAGGCUGAGAAUAUGAAAAAGCUGGCCGAAGAGGCUGCACAGCUCAGUGUUGAUGCACAAGAAGCUUCAAAGCUAAGACAAAUCGCAGAGUCUGACCUCGCUCAGCAGAGAGAAUUAGCUGACAAGAUGCUCAAGGAGAAGAUGUUAGCCAUUCAGGAAGCAACCAAGCUGAAAGCUGAGGCUGAGAAUCUCCAGAAACAAAAAGACGAGGCUCAGGAAGAGGCCCAAAAACUGCUAGAGGCCAAGAAGGAGAUACAAGAGCGUUUAGACCAACAGAUUGUGGGCUUCCAGAAAUCCUUAGAGGCAGAACGCAAGAAACAGAAAGAAGUAACUGCUGAAGCCGAGACACUGAAACUCAGGGUAAUCGAGCUAAGCAAUGCACAGUUGAAAGCAGAGGAAGAAGCAGACAAAUUCAAGAAACAGGCAGAAGACAUUAGAGCCCGUUUGAUUGAGACUGAAAAACAAACUUCAGAAAAAUUCACUGUCAUUGAGAAAUUGGAAGUGGAGAGGUUGGCCAGCACCAAAGAGGCAGAUGAUCUGCGUAAAGCAAUUGCUGAGCUUGAAAGAGAAAAGGAGAAACUGCAAAAAGAAGCAACUGAUUUACAAAAUAAAGCAAAAGAGAUGGCUGAUGCACAGCAAGAGCAAAUUAAACAAGAGACGACAGUCCUUCAGCAGACAUUCCUUACAGAGAAAGAAAUCCUGCUGAAAAAAGAGAAAACCAUAGAGGCAGAGAAAAUGAAGCUGGAGAAACAACUUGAGGAUGAAGUGAACAAAGCCAAAAUCCUUCAAGAUGAACAGGAAAGCCAGAGAAAGCAGAUGGAAGAGGAGAAAAAGAAACUUCAGGCUAUCCUGGAAACCGCAGUCAAGAAGCAGAAAGAUGCUGAAGAAGAGGUUCUCAAUAAGCAAAAAGAGAUGGAGAAGCUAGAGAAGAUAAAACAAGAACAAGAAAAACUCAUGGGUGAGGAAAACAAGAAAUUACGAGAAAAGCUUCAGCAGCUACAGGAAGCACAGAAACCCACAACAUCCCAAACAAAAGAAAUUGAUAUCCAAACUGACAGCAUGCCUGAAAAUGAAUUAGUUACAGCAAUGGUGCAGGAACCAACAAAGAAGGUCUUUAAUGGUUCUACAGAAGUUGAUGGAGUAAAGGCAAAAGAAGAGUCACCACUGGCAUUUGAUGGAAUUCGGGAGAAAGUGCCUGCAAGCAGGCUUAAUGAAAUUGGUGUACUAAACAAAAAAGAAUUUGACAAACUUAAGAAAGGCAAAACAACCGUGCAAGACCUUACUAAGCUAGACAAAGUCAAGAUGUGCCUGAAAGGCAAGGAUUGCAUUGGUGGUGUAAUCGUAGAACCCAAGCAGAAAAUGGGAAUCUAUCAAGCUUUGAAGGAGAAGAAAAUUUCACCAAGCACAGCUGUGACAUUUCUCGAAGCUCAAGCUGCGUCUGGAUAUAUUAUUGAUCCCAUUAAAAACAGGAGACUCUCUGUCAAUGACGCGGUAAAGGAGUCCAUUAUUGGACCUGAACUGCACACUGUAUUGUUGUCUGCUGAAAGGGCUGUAACUGGUUUCAAAGAUCCUUUCACCGGACAAAAGAUCUCAUUAUUUGAAGCCAUGAAAAAGGGUCUGGUCACAGAGGAGCAAGCCACUAAACUUCUGGAUGUUCAGCUUGCCACUGGUGGUAUCAUAGACCCAAUAAACAGUCAUCGUGUGUCAGUCCAAACAGCAUGUAAACAAGGUCACUUGGAUGAAGAACUUAACAAAGUCUUGUCCAAUCCUCCCGAUGAUAGAAAAGGAUUUAGUGAUCCCAACACCCAAGAACGACUCAGUUAUCAUCAACUGCUAGAAAGAUGUAAAACAGAUCCAGAAACAGGGCUCCCAUUUCUACCUGUUACACAAACAUCAUUACCUGAUGAAAGGACAUACACAGAUGAAGAGACUAAAGAUACAUUCAGUAAAACAAAUAUAUCAGUGCCUUUUGGAAGAUUUAAGGGAAAGACAGUAACCAUCUGGGAAGUGAUCAAUUCUGAGUACUUUAGUGAAGAUCAAAGGAAAGAUCUUAUUCGUCAGUAUAAAUCAGGGAAAAUUACUGUCGAGAAAAUCAUAAAGAUUGUAAUUACUGUUGUAGAAGACAAAGAGAAAAAGAAGGAAUUAGCCUUUGAUGGUUUAAGAUCAACUGUCCCUGCAUCUGAGCUCCUGGAAUCAAAGAUCAUAAACAAAGAUUUAUAUAACGAGUUGCAUAACGGCAAAACUACUAUUGAAGAGGUGUCUCAGAUGGAUUCUGUCAAAAAAGCAUUAAAGGGAACAAGCAGUAUUGCUGGAGUGUUUAUUGAGUCAACUAAGGAGAAGGUACCAAUCUAUGAAGCCAUGAAGAAGAACAUGCUUGAAGUAGAACCUGCACUCCACCUUCUAGAAGCCCAAGCUGGAACAGGUUUCAUCAUUGACCCAGUUAAAAACCAAAAGCUCACAGUUGAUGAAGCUGUAAAAUCUGGAAUUGUUGGCCCAGAAUUCCAUGAGAAAUUGCUAUCAGCAGAAAGGGCAGUGAAUGGGUACAAGGAUCCAUAUACGGGAAAGACUGCUUCUCUCUUUGAGGCAAUGCAAAAAGAUCUCAUCAACAAAGAUCAGGGUACAAGGCUGCUGGAGGCCCAAAUUGGAACUGGAGGAAUCAUUGACCCAGUGAAAAGUUACCGGAUUCCUCAGGAAAUUGCUUAUAAGCGUGGAUAUUUCAGUGAGGAAAUGAACAAGUGCUUAAAUAGCCUAUCUGAUGAUGAUAAUAAAGUGUUCAUUGACCCAAACACAAAGGAGAAUGUUUCUUAUACACAGCUGCAGAAAAGUUGCAUUAUUGACAAAGAGACUGGUCUCCCAUUGCUUCCAAUUUCAGAAAAAGCUGUUAAGUCCACAGAAUCAGAACUGCCCUUCAAUGUUCAGUCCAAAGAAGCCUUAAACAAGGCGACAAUGGAGUUACACAGUGGACCCUUUAAAGGAAGAAAAGUCACCAUUUGGGAGAUUAUUAACUCCGAAUAUAUAACCGAAGAACAAAGGAUCGAGGUAAUACGUCACUAUAGAUCAGGAAAAGUUACAAUCGAAAAGAUCAUUAGCAUUGUGAUCACAUUCGUUGAUGAAAAUGAGAUGAAAAAGCAGCAGGACACCUUCACUGGUCUCAGAGAACCUGUUAGUGCCACAUCCCUGUUUGAAUCCAAAAUCAUUGACAAAAUAACCUAUGAUCAGCUCCAACAAGGCCAAAAGAAACCAAAAGAGAUUAGUGAAAUUGAAUCAGUAAAGAGGUACUUGCAAGGAUUAGAGAACAUUGCUGGAGUAGUCAGUGAAAAAUCUAAAGAGAAGCUCAGCAUUUAUCAGGCAAUGAAACAGAAAUUAAUAACACUAAAUACAGGCCUUUCUCUGUUGGAAGCACAAGCAGCAAGUGGAUUUAUUGUUGAUCCAGUCAGGAAUCUGAGGUUCACAGUGGACGAUGCUGUAAAAGCUGGCCUUGUUGGGCCGGAGCUUCAUGAAAAGCUCCUGUCUGCAGAGAAGGCUGUAACUGGUUAUAAAGAUCCAUACACUGGUCAGAAGAUUUCCCUUUUCCAGGCCAUGCAAAAAGAGCUUGUUCUUAGAGAGCAUGCCAUACCUCUUCUUGAAGUUCAAGAGACCACUGGAGGAAUAAUUGAUCCAGUGAAUAGCCACCGUCUCCCCACUGACGUAGCCAUUCAGCGAGGUUACCUAAGCAAAGAAAUGGCCAAGUCCUUCAAAGACCCUUCAGAUGAUAUCAAGGGUUUUACUGAUCCUAACAAAGAUGAGAGUGUCACUUACAAACAACUGAUAAAAAGGUGCACAAAAGAUCCUGACUUUGGGUUUUUCCUCUUACCACUUUCUAAGGCUGAAAUUCCAAAAGAAGUUGAGAAGUCAUAUGUUUACACUGAAGAACAAGCACAAACAGACUUGGCUAGCACUCAAAUAGCUAUACCUCACGAAAGUUUUGCAGGAAAACAAAUGACCUUGUGGGAUGUCAUGGCAUCAGACAUGCUUCCUGGAGAGGACAAACAAAGACUUCUUGAACAGUACCGGUCAGGAAAAAUCACAAAAGAGAGAAUGAUUAUCAUAAUCAUCGAAAUCAUUGAGCAAAGACAAAUAAUUAAAACUGAACAGACUAUGCUAUGUGAUAUAAUUCGACGCAGAGUUACAAUUGAAGAGCUUUAUAGCUCUCGUAUAAUUGACCUUGAAACUUACAAUCUGUUGAAACAAGGCAAGAAAACCAUCCGAGAGGUUAUGGAAAUGCCAGAUGUUAAGAAGUACCUCUUUGGCACAGGCAGCGUUGCUGGGGUCCUCUCCAACAACUCUGCUAAAAUAAAUAUUUACCAGGCCAUGAAAAGAGGCAUAAUCAAGCCUGAUAUUGCCAUUGAUUUGUUGGAGGCACAAGCAGCUACAGGAUUUAUCACUGACCCAGUAAAAUAUGAGUUGCUAACAGUUGAUGAGGCUGUCCGCAAGGGUCUUGUUGGCCCGGAACUCCAUGACAAACUUCUGUCUGCAGAGAGGGCAGUCACGGGGUACAAAGACCCAUACAGUGGGAAAAUCAUUUCUCUAUACCAGGCUAUGAAAAAGGGUCUGGUUCCUGAGGAGUAUGCAUUAAAGAUCCUAGAAGCUCAAAUCGCAACUGGUGGCUUAAUGGAUCAUGAGUACAAUUUCCACCUUCCAAAUGAUGUUGCAAUGCAACGAGGAUAUAUCAACAAAGAAACAAGUGAGAGGCUAACUAGUGGAGAUGUCAAAGGGUUUACUGAUCCAACCACAGAUGAAAAAUCAUCUUAUGCAAACAUCCUCAAGAGAUGCAAAGUUGACAAAGAAAGUGGCAUGCAUUUGCUGUCUCUUGCAGACAAGAAACUGCUAGUAAGGGGUCUUCGAAAGCAAGUCACCUUGGAUGAAUUACUGUGUUCUGAAAUUAUCGAUCAGAAGACCUACACAGAGCUCACAGAAGGCCACAUUUCAGUGGAGGAUAUCAGCAAAGACUUGAAGAAAUACCUUGAAGGUACAAGUUGUAUUGCAGGUGUGUAUGUAGAGGCUACUAAAGAGCGACUGUCAAUCUACCAAGCCAUGAAGAAGAACAUGAUCAGGCCAGGCACUGCGUUUGAAUUGCUAGAGGCUCAAGCAGCGACUGGAUAUGUGAUUGAUCCAAUCAAAAAUCUAAAACUGACAGUCAUAGAGGCUGUAAAAAUGGGAGUGGUUGGCCCAGAGUUUAAAGACAAGCUUCUCUCUGCUGAACGAGCUGUGACAGGAUACAGUGAUCCAUACUCUGGUAAAGUAAUUUCCCUAUUUCAGGCCAUGAAGAAAGGCCUGAUCCUUAAAGAUCACGGUAUUCGUCUUUUGGAGGCUCAAAUUGCGACAGGUGGAAUCAUUGAUCCUGAGGAAAGUCAUCGCCUUCCAGUGGAAAUGGCAUAUAAACGUGGCCUUUUUGAUCAGGAAAUGAACAGUAUUCUUACUGACCCUUCUGAUGAUACGAAAGGUUUCUUUGAUCCAAACACAGAGGAGAAUCUGACUUACCUGCAGUUGAUGGAGCGAUGCAUGACUGACCCUGAAACCGAGCUUGCUCUCUUAAUGCUAAAGGAGAAGAAGCGGGAAAGAAAGACAUCAUCUAAGUCAUCAGUACGCAAACGCAGAGUGGUCAUUGUAGACCCAGAAACAGGAAAAGAAAUGUCUGUUUACGAGGCAUACCGCAAAGGUCUCAUUGAUCAUCAGACAUAUAUGGAGCUUGCAGAGCAAGAAUGUGAAUGGGAAGAAAUUACCACUUCUUCAGCCGAUGGUGUGAAGUCUAUGAUAAUUGAUAGAAGGUCUGGACGUCAGUAUGACAUUGAUGAGGCCAUCACCAAAGGGCUCAUAGACAAGUCUGCUUUGGACCAGUAUCGUGCAGGCACCCUGUCCAUCACUGAGUUUGCAGACAUGUUGUCUGGAAACAUGAGUGGUUUUAGAUCACGUUCAUCUUCCUUUGGGUCCACCUCAUCUUAUCCCAUGAGCCCAGUUCCAUCUAUCAAGACUCCAGCAACAACAUGGACUGACCCAACAGAGGAAACAGGUCCAGUUGCUGGGAUCCUAGACACAGAUACUCUAGAGAAGGUAUCAGUUACAGAAGCUAUGCAUCGAAAUCUAGUUGAUAACAUUACUGGUCAAAGACUGCUUGAGGCACAAGCCUGUACAGGUGGUAUAAUUGACCCAAAUACUGGAGAGAAGUUCACUGUUGCAGAUGCAAUGAACAAAGGGCUGGUAGACAAGAUAAUGGUAGAUCGCAUCAACUUGGCUCAGAAGGCCUUCCAAGGAUUUGAAGAUCCAAGGACCAAAACUAAAAUGUCGGCUGCUCAGGCCUUAAAGAAGGGUUGGCUGUAUUAUGAAGCUGGCCAGCGUUUUCUUGAAGUCCAGUAUCUGACUGGAGGACUAAUUGAACCUGAUGUUGCAGGCAGAGUAUCACUGGACGAGGCCGUAAAGAAGGGCACCCUUGAUGCACGCACUGCUCAGAAACUGCGAGAUGUCAGUGGAUACUCCAAAUACCUCACUUGUCCCAAAACAAAGCUGAAGAUAUCUUAUAAAGAUGCCAUUGAAAGAAGUAUGAUUGAAGAAGGCUCUGGUUUACGUUUACUGGAGGCAUCAUCCCAGUCUACAAAGGGUCUAUAUAGCCCUUACAAUAUUAGUGGCUCUGGAUCAGCCUCAGGAUCCAGGUCUGGCUCCAGAACUGGUUCAAGGUCUGGCUCUAGACGAGGGAGCUUCGAUGCUACAGGAUCUGGCUUUUCCAUGAAUUUCUCCACAUCUUCCUAUGGCUCUCCAAGCUAUGGACGACGAUACAGUUCAGGGGAGCACGGAGCAUUGAAUAUGGACAAACUAAAGCAGGCUUUAACAGCAUUAACACUCAACAGAAACUGCUGCUCUGAGGACAAGAGAAUCUCGCCACUAUCCCAAACACCGUGCUCUUUAAUUGCUUAAUUAAUUUAAAAACAUUCAUUCUGCUCUGCAUGUGGUUAUUAUAGGGCUGAAGUACUACUGCUAUGUUCUGCUGGCUUUCUUUUCAUAUUAGAUUUUUUUUUUGUUUAUUUGUAAUGUGUAUUUUUUUUUAAUAAUUAUUCCAUAAUAUGUUGAUAUUAUGUUUUUUUUUUUUCUUGGAAGAAAUAGAAAAUUGAAUGGAAUCUUACUUUUGAUAUUACCUUCAUCAAUGUUACUGUCUGCUCUUGUAUAUUUCCUUUUUUACUGAGUCCACUGAAUGGCAUAUUGUCAAAAUGAAAUUUAACGUUUCUUUUGUAUGUAAAAAUAUGUUUCACAGAAGAUUAUAGAACAUGCAUUUUGUUAACCUGGAAUCCUGUUAAACAGAGGAGCUGGUAACCAUUUACAGAGCAGAAUAAGAGGAAUUUCAUUAAAAGAGCACGCAAGUAAAAAAAAAAAACCUAACAACAACAAAAAAAACCCAGUGCUUUCGACACAUACUUUGGCAGAACAGAAUUAAUAUUUCAAGAGGCUCCUUUCACCCAAGGUUAUAGAUGUUAUGGAACAACAAUUAUGUCCUUGGAUCUCUGCAGUCUUUCAAAACAUAAUGGCUCUCAUGUCACUGGUCCCACAACAAGUUCUAUGAGCAGAAGGCUUCAGGAACAACAAAUGGCAAAAGACGGCACUGAAACAUGACUGAAAAGAUCAGAAGAUGCAAUACCUAUCCAUACCAAGUCUUCAUCUGUUACUUUCACAUCUCCCAGUUCAAAGAGGAAUUCACUUAUGCCUUGACCUCACCAGAUGUCUGUAUAUAUUAUAAUGAGAUGUGUCUAUUCUACAUUGAAACCCUGCCACCACUUUCAACCUGCAGAGAUGAAGUCUUGUCUUCCACUGCCUGCUGAAGUGAUUCUUUGGCUUAAUUGCUCCAAUCAAAAGACCCAUGAAAAGAUGCCAUUUGACUGACCAACAUACAUGUCCUGCUACCUUUAUUUGAUUUAUUAUUAUUAUUAUUAUUAUUAUUAUUAUUAUUAUUAUUAUUAUAAGCCUCGUUGUUUUAUAUUUUUUAAUGCCUCUUAAUCAAAAGACCCAUGUAUGGGUCUAAUCUGUUUUAACAGUAAAUUUGUUAAAGGUGCUUGAACUUGGUAAAUUAUCUUUGUAUUUCCAUUUGCUAAGUUGUAAAAUAUUCAUUGGAAAGAAAAUGGGCUAAAUGCUCAUAAAAAAAGAGUAAAGGUCAGUUAUAAGUUAUACAGGAUUUUUUUUUUUUUGUCAAUAAGAAGCUUGACCUUUACAACCCUGCAAAAUCUGUUCUGUAACAUAAUGGCACAAACCAGAAAAUAUUAAAUCCUGAAGCUAUCCAUAUGUCAUCACCAUACUCUAUCACAAUAGUAACUUCCCUAACAUUCACAGAAUCCUUUUUUUUAUAUGUAUAUUUUUGCAGUUUUGCUUUUUCUGUCCAGUGAUUACAUUUGCCAUUAUGAAUGUUAUCUUUGCUGCAUACAAGAUCACUGUAAUCGUCUCAUCUCAUGAUCUCUAGCCGCUUUAUCCUGUUCUACAGGGUUGCAGGCAAGCUGGAGCCUAUCCCAGCUGACUACGGGCGAGUGCCUAUGUGUCAGCCCUGUGAUGACCUGGCGACUUGUCCAGGGUGUACCCUGCCUUUCGCACUGUAAUCGUGUCACAUUAAUAUCAGCUGUAUUUUCCUACAUUAUAGUUUUGCUUUGCAUGGUUUUCUUUUGCUAACAUUGAUCAAAGUAUUCAGUAUCAAGAACUGAAUUCAACAAAGCCUAUUGUGAGGAAACAUUUUGAAGUGAUGCAAGGAUGUAGUUAAACUAAAGUAUGCCAUGUUUUGGGGCAUGUUUAAGAAGAUUGUAUUUAUAGGAUGGGAUUGUAUUCUUAUGUAAAUAAACUAUACAAAUAUCAACCGUA